UUCGGCGCGUCACGGACCGCAAGGGGGCUGAGCUUCGCGACGCCGUCUCCGUGGUGACGAUUCUCCGCAUCAUGUCCGGGCAAGGGGCCAGAAAGAGGGAGAGCCCCAUUGAACUCCAGCCUCCUAUGUCGCCUGCCAGACGACACGCCGGCGAGCUCUCCAUUGACCAGAUCCAGGAGUUGCUGGACAGGCAGACCAAGAAGAUUCAAGACGGGCAGAGGGCCGAGAUCGCGGCGGCCGAGUCUCAGGCAGUGGAGGCCUCGGAAAAGAGGAUGUAUGGAGCUCUGGAGGAACUCAAGGGCGACCUGAAGCGUGCGUCGGGGACACUCACUAAGCUGGAAUUGGGCGGAAGAGCAAGUUCCACCACGGCUUCUGACGGGGCUGCCCAGCGCCCGGCAGUCAUCUUCGGCGGCUGGACCGCCGCUGUUCCGAAGCAGAAACUUCUCCGCGAACUUGGUGAUGUCCUGGACAAGUCGACUGCCAGGGAGUGGUUGGACGAGCAACCGUGGACUCCGGGACCACGCCGUGGAAUAGCAUUGGCAGGAUUUCACGAGAGACAGGCCGAAGGCCACGAAGACAUGAAGCACCGUAUGCAAGAGGUCAUCAACUUGGUCAACCGCGCGGCGCUGAGCACAUCAAGCACCCUCGACGGAUGCCCAGUGUGGGCGACCCUGUCGAAAGAGCGUGGUGAACGAAGUGAGUCCGGCAACCAUGUUUCCAAAAUCAGAAGGGUUGUUCAUUCUUUCCGGCUUGAUAUCUCCGAGUGCGAGUGUGACUACAAGGAGGGAAGUCUGUGGUACCGCGACCAGUUGGUGGGCUCCACUGCGAGGGCUCCUGCGCAGGGGCUUGAGACAGUGCCGGGCAAGGUGCAAAACAGCUGGUUCUCCCCAGUGCUGUUCGCAGCGAAGGCUGGCAAGCAGGUGAAGGAGAUCAGUGAUGCCUGGAGCUUUGCGCUUGCCAACUGA